AUGUCUCAAAGAUUUAUAUUCUCUUUAUUCUUUAUUCUUUCUUUCUUUCUUUCUUACUUUCUUUCUUUUUUCUUUCUUUUUUACUUUCUUUUUUCUUUCUUUCUUACCUUCUUUUUUCUUUCUUUCUUACUUUCUUUUUUCUUUCUUUCUUUCUUUCUUUCUUUCUUUCUUUCUUUCUUUCUUUCUUUCUUUUCUUUCUUUCUUACUUUCUUUCUUACUUCAUUUCUUUCUUUCUUACUUCUUUCUUUCUUUCUUUCUUUCUUUCUUUCUUUCUUUCUUUCUUUCUUUCUUCUGUUUUUUUUUUUGUUCCUUCCUUCCCCUUUCCCUUCCUUCCUUCCUUUCUUUAUUGUUAUUUCAUUGGUUGCUCCGAGAACACCUUUCUCUCUCUCUCUCUCUCUCUCUCUCUCUCUUCUCUCUCUCGUUCUUUUUCUUUUUCCCUUCAUUUCACCAGCUCACAAUAACACAUAG